AUGGCGCGGUACCUGAAUCCCCAGAAGAUCAGCCUUCUGGUCCUCGCGAAGCUGUACUGCGAGUACCCAGCUCCGUCCUCGGCCACAAUUCCCAUCCUCACCUUCCUGACCUCCCAGCUUAUCCCAGAGGAUGCGGCUGGCGUCGGGGGAGCCAAGCACGCCGACGCCUGCGUCCUUACCCUGGAGCACUUUGAAAAAAUCCUGGCCGCCCACCCACACCGCCCCCCAGGCGACGGCCCCCCCGAGGGCAGGGACGAAACGCUAUACGACGCGUUUUUAGCCCGGCUGUGGUGCAUCGACAGCCUUGACGCGCUCCAUAGCUUCUUCGACGCGCUGUCGGAACUGGUGGGCAAACCGCCACGCAACUUCAUUUCGGCCAGCGAGCGGCAUCACCCUCCGCCGCGGAUCAGCCUCUCGCGUACCUCGCCAUUGGGCACGUUCGUACGCCGCGCCCAGCUCGAGUUCGCCCGCUUGCAGUUUCAUGACGUGAGCAAGCUGUGGCUCGCUUUGGUCAACUACAAGCUGCCAACGAAGGACCGGUGGCAGGAGCGGAGGCGAGUGCUCGAUGGCGCAACACUCCAGGAAACUCGGAAACCGUGGUUUGAUGAGAACUUGGCCGGUCUGGGGCUGGAGGAGCAAGAUGGGCUGUUUAGGGUGGCCUAUGGGCAGUUGGAUGAGAUGGGCAAAGAGGAGGGGCUGGCGAGUAUGGACGAGAUUGAGAAGCUGUUGGCAUUUCAGAUAGAUCGCCUGCAGAAGUACGGCAACCGUGUGCCGGAUGAUAUGAGAGAGCGUCUGCGCAAGAUGCUGGGACCGACGGCUACGGCACCCAGUCUUGCACAUUUCGUCAAGUUCUUCGAUGCGUGGAGAGCUGGCGAUUACACUUCUUCCUUCGACAACCUGCAUCGCUACUUCGAUUACACAAUGCAGACGAGAGACAAGACAUAUUACCAAUAUGCUCUGCUCCACAUGGCUAUCCUCCAAGCAGACUUCGGCUGCUUCAGCGAGGCCAUUGCCGCCAUGAACGAGACCAUUGCCACUGCCCGUGAGAACCAGGACAUGGGCUGCCUCAACUUCAGCUUGAGCUGGUUGAACCAUCUAGCCAAGGCUUAUCCGAAGCAGAUCAGAGCAUCCGGUUAUGGCGGUAUGUUGGGAUCUGAACGCGACGGAUUAGCAUUUUUGAAGUCGAAGGCAAAGGAAACCAAAAUGUGGAGUUUGUUGAGCUCGACACUCUUGAGUGAAGCCAAGAUGCUUCUUUCCAGCGGCUCGAGCGUACCCCGUGCUUUCGAGCACAUCUAUCAAAGCGCGCACCUCAAUGUGGUGCACAACAUCAGAAGCAAUAUCGGUUCGCAGAUGUUGAUGCAAGCAUCAUUAUACGGCAGACUAGGGGCCACUGACCUCUCAGAUGCUGUUUGCGACAUUCUCUAUCUCUGCUACGGCAACGUAUGUCCUAUCGAAGACACUCUCCGUUCUACUUGCCAUAGCGCAUACAUAAGAUCACAAGCGGGAGACUACACAGGAGCAUUCGAGAUACUUGAUUCCAUUAAUCAGGCAGACCACCGCACCCUCAAAUUCCAUCAAUACAUAAGCAAUUACGCGGCCCUCCUGAAGGCAAAGCGAGCAUUAAGAAGAUCCGACUUCACGGCCGCGACGCAUCUCCUCGACGCCCUACGGGCCUUUCGCCCCACGGAUCCGGAGAUUCUGUAUCAGCUCACCGCCCUUGAGGUGGACGCGCUCACACGCCGCGGUGACUUCGCUGCCGCCUUUGUGCGUCUCGAUGAGCUUGCUGCCGACCUAAAGGCCGAGGACGCCGACAUCUAUCAGCGUGUGCACCUGCUAACGCUCAAGGCCACGCUCUUCGCCAAAGCCGGAGUGCCCGAGAAGGGCUUUAGCAUAGCAAUGCGAGCAUCGAGCGCAGCGCACCGCGCGAGGCUGUGGCCAGCGCUGUGGGAGGCGUUGGCGGCAGUACAGACCAUCCUAGUGGAGCUGGGUGAGUUCCGCGCCGCAAGACGGCUCGGGGACGCCGUCGCACCGUUGGCGCUUGAGGCAGGCGACGAGGCGCUGUGCGCGAAGCUGUACCUUGCGUUGGCAGACGCAUGCGUCGGAAUUGCGGGCGAGGAGCAGCAGCAGCUACAAUACCACCACCAGCAGCAGCAGCAGCGCGAGAUUGCUCCUUCCUCUACUGCCAUCAACGCUGCCACAUCAACCGCUGCAACAGAUGGAAAUAGUUCGACCACUUCAUUAUCCGCGGCGGACGGCGGCGGCACGGCGGCGCACCAGAGGACACUCACUGAGGCGAUGCUGUUCCUCGAGAAAGCCCGAAAUUGCUUCCAUGCCAUCGAGGAUGUACGUGGCGAAUGUGAGACCCUCGCCAAGCGUGCGCUGCUGGAGAAGCUACGCACGGCGAUGGCUGCGGAUGAUGCGGCAGGGGUCAUCCCUGGUGGUGGUGCGUUAGGACUGGGACAGAAGGACGAUUCUGCGGCUGUGGAGGAAGCCGUGGCAUACAUCGGUCGUUAUAAGGCCGUCAUGGAAGGGGAUGGAGCGGCUGUCGCGGAGACGGUGGGAUGA